AUGCCAAAUUUGGUCAAAUGCACCAUCGACAUGAAUUUGAGCGAAAUCGAAUAUAUAGCCGACCAUUUGGAGCCCCAAGAGUGCAAGGAAUUGGCCGCCUUGUUGCAUUUUAAGGCCUAUAAUGCGCCCAAAGAUCUGCACAUCGCAGAAAGAAAAAUAUCAGACGAGAUACCCUGCAUACGUCUGCUCCUGCAUUACAACAUAGAAAAAGGCGAAGGAAAGGGGGCAACCCAUGUGGACAUGGAAAUAAGGCUGAGACAAAUUGGACGAGAAGAUUUGGCAAACUGGUUAGGAAGGACAGUCUUCCACCAGUUGGCCGUAACUUUGAACAAAACCAUUUUGGGAGAAGCCCCUUUGGAAGAGAACAGUACUACAGAAAUGGACACGGACACCACAACAGACGAGGCCUUCAGAAGGGACCCCCAAAUCGACAACUGGACCUUUGUAGACUCCUUAAGUUGGACUGUUAUAAUUGUAAUCUUAGGCGUAACUUUCAUCAUAACUUGCAGGCUGAUCUUCAUUGAAAUCAGGACCAAACAUGCAGACAAGUGGGUUUAUAUUAGACACGGAAAUGUUUAUCAUAGGAUAUAA